UCAUAAAUAACACUCUCACCAUCUUCUGCUCUGCUCUGCGUCUCUCUCUCUCUCCAGCUUCGUCUUCAUUACGGGAUGGUUUGUGCGAUGAGUGAAAGAUUUUGUAAUGCUUUGCCCACCAUUGUUAUGGUGUUUGUUCAGUUCGGUUUUGCCGGAGUUAACAUUUUCUACAAAUUGGCAGCCAACAAUGGCAUGAGUUUGACCAUUAUUAUUGCUUAUCGUUUGUUGUUUGCCUCCGCUUUCAUUGUUCCCAUCGCCUUCUUCCACGAAAGAGGCAGAAGGCCAAAGCUCACUUGGUCCGUUCUCUUCUACGCUUUUCUCUCUGGACUCUUUGGGGGAUCGUUGACUCAAAAUUUAUACGUCCAGAGCUUGGCCUUGACUUCAGCGACCUUCGCUUCAGCCAUCGGCAACCUUACUCCAGCCAUCACUUUCAUUCUGGCCAUCUCGUUCAGGUUGGAGAGGAUGAACAUAAGAACAAUGGGAGGGAAGGCUAAGGUGGUGGGAACAUUAAUAGGAAUAGGUGGGGCCAUGCUGCUCACAUUCUACAAAGGCGUGGAGCUGAAACUUUGGUCAACCCACGUUGACCUUUUGCAUGAAAGUCAUCACUCAGGGGGACACGUGGCAGCACCAGACCACAGCAUCAGCGAUCAGCUGUUGGGGGGUCUGUUGGGCGUUGGAGCCUGCCUCACGUAUGCUUUAUGGCUGAUUGUGCAGGCGAAAAUGAGUGAAUACUAUCCGUGCCAUUACUCAAGUACGGCGUUGAUGAGUUUGAUGGGAUCCUUCCAGGCCGUUGGAUUUGCAUUCUGCGUGGAGAGGCGAUGGAGUGAGUGGAAAUUGGGGUGGAAUAUCAGGCUUCUCUCUGUCGCAUAUUCCGGGGUUGUGGCUUCGGGAGCCAUGGUAACGCUAAUCUCGUGGUGCGUACGCAUGAGAGGCCCUUUAUUUGUAUCAGCUUUCAGCCCUCUCAUUAUGGUGCUCGUAGCCAUAGCUGGCUCCUUGUUUCUGGAAGAAAAGCUAUAUUUAGAAUGCUUGCUUGGUGGAUUGUUGAUCAUAUGUGGGUUAUACAUAGUGCUAUGGGGCAAAAGCCAAGAGAUGAAGAAGAUUACGCAAUUGACCCCCACCGAAAGCAUUGAGCCCCAACACGAGAGGAUAGACUUGGUCAUUUCAUCUCCAAUUCCAUUGCCUAAAAUUGGAAGUGAUGUUCGUGAUUCCAACAACAGUAACUACAACACCCAUUAAGAAAGUGUGUUAGAGAUGCUUUUUUUAAAGUGAUUGUAGAAAACUAUACUUGUUUUAUGAAAAUUGGUAGUUUCGGUUAAAAUUUUAA